GAAACGCUCAUGUUUAUUUUUGAUUCGUGGUUCAUCGUCCUGCCGUAGUCCACUCUGUCUGCUGUCUGUCAUCUACGCAUGGUGAUUGUCGCCAAAGAUCGUUUUGGAACGCCAAAGUCCUUGGUGAAUCGUACGUUAUGGCCGAAAGAAACAUGUUCUCCAGAGAAACGGCUCGAGCUGCGUUAAAUGGAAUUCUGAAGGCUAUAGAACAAUCAGAAAAUGCCUCCAAGAUUAAAGAAGCCAGAGAUAAUGCUGGCAAUGAUAUGACCAAACGUAUGCAAUAUGUUUUUCCGAUUGUUAUGAUGCUGCAAAUGGAUGUGAUAAAGGAUUAUGGUUUCUCAGAAGGACGACAUGGCAUCAUUCAAUUUACGCAAUUAAUUCGAAAUUUAGAACAAGAGGAUUCGGAAAUAGCUCUGCUCCACAGCAGAGUGCGAGCCCAUUUCCUUCCAGAAAUACCAUCAAGUUCAGGGGCAUCUCUUUAAUUUCUUUUUUUUUUUAAAUUUUGUUUUGUGUUGCUGUAGAAGUAAAGUUUUCAUACAUGUAUUUAGCUCUUAAAUACUGUAACACUUCAUGUUGCAUUUACUCUUUUAGCUCUUUCCAUUUAAUUUUUGUGUUAUGUUUCAUAAUUUUAAUCUUGAUGUUGAGACAAUGUGACAUCUACUACCUAUGGGUGGAUUGAUGCAAUAACUUAAACAAUUAAAAUAUUUGAAAUUUACCUUUA